UGUUUACAGAAUCAAGAGGAAGCGUGAAAGCUCAUCAGUGUGCGACGAUAGAUCGCAGCGGAACCAUCCGGGUUAUCUGUGCUAAAAGGCAAACACUGCAGCGGACACGAACUCUAUUCGUGACAAAUGUGGCAGGUUAAUGUUUUCAUUGAAUGCGUUUCAGGCGGUGUUCGUGUCUAAACCAGCGCAGCAGGCUAGUUAGCUAACAUGGGCACCUCCAACGACUCUGCUGUCUGGUGACAUUCUCUAAAAGCAACCAUCGGGUGAACGCAGACCGUCAAAUAUAUGCCUACAGAUUGUUUAACAUCGAGAGGUUUGCGUUAAGUGACAUCAGUUUUGAGGGACGGUCCGUGGAUGUGGACAACACAUGUCUCUCACUCCACAGGAGCUUUCAACACGCUUCUACCCACUGCACUGGAAGUGAUCGGCUGAGUUUGUCACACACUGUUCGACACUAUGGCAGAGACCAUAGUGACGUUUCAGUCCCAGCUGUCCGGUGUGAUGGAAACCGUGUUCAAGGCUGCCAUGUACGAGAUCACCCGGCUGGUGGAGGACAGCUUCCUGGAGGAGGUGACCCGGAGCAGGGAGCAGGUGGAGUCCCUGAAGAGGAGACUCCGGUGGUCCGAGAGUCGACGCAAGGAGAGAGAGGGAGACCGGAGAGGGAGGUGCGUGGACUGCGGGAGAGUCGAGGAGAGACCCAGGGCUACAGAGAAAGGUUUGAAACAAGAGAGUGUGCUGCAAGAAGAGAUAAAUAGCUGUCAGGGCACUGAUGUGGCGACACAUGACCAUGAAGUGGAAGACACAAAACCAGAGAACCAUUGCACUAUGAGGGCAACACAGUCUCCAGGUGUACAAGGUGAAAAGUUGGAAAGACUGCUCAAGGAGGAAGCCCUUCACAUGCCGUCAGAAACCAAUGAGUCCCAAGAGAGAUGGGGAGUCAAUCUGGAUGAAACGGAUACAUCAGGUUUGCCAGGACCCAGUAAACGCUUCAGUGACAACAAGAUCCCAAAGUGUCAUGUGACCUGGGAUGCUGGCUUUGACCAGAGACCAGACCCUGGCCAACAUGGACACUCGGGCGACCCGUCCGAACCACUUUUCCCAAACAGGUAUGACAUGGAAGACUUGGCUGGCUUUGACAAGACAGGCUAUGGGGAGGCCGGCAUGAUAGAAAUGGGCAACUUGGAUGGGUUACAAGUAUCACCGUCCCACCUGGGUAAGGAUCUGAGUUACAUGGGACAUUAUGAGGGGAAUGUGGAAGCACCUGAAGUAAAUGAGCAUCAAGCGUACCAAACAGGAGUCCCACGGAACAAAAGAGGUACGGUCAGUUCACCUGCAGGCUCACCCUCAAGGACUAACAUUACUGUAGGUCGAGAAUUCAGCUGUUUAUUAAUUAAUGAGGAAGGGUAUCUGCAGGACCCGGGCAUGUUGUACCCUGACCAUGUGUCUGGUGAUCCAGGUGGCAGAUUUCGGGACCAGGGGAUUCGAACUGAUCCGACUUUAGACAGCACAGAGGAUAUGUAUGGUGCCUCCGAUUCAUACGGUGACACCUUAAACCUGGGAGAGAGGCUGCAGCAUCAGGGAGCAGGGCGAGGAGGGAGGAGACACAUUUGUAACCUGUGCUCCAUGUCGUUCCCUGAUUCGGCCUCUCUCAAAAGUCACAAGCAGACACAUAAGGGCACAGGACAAGGGCCGCCAUACUCCUGCACCCAGUGCGGAAAGACUUUCACUCAAGCCUGUAACCUCAAAGUCCACCAGAGGAUUCACUCUGGUCAGGGGCUCCACCUCUGCAGCCAUUGUGGAAAAGGUUUCCCUUCUUUCUCUGAACUAAAGACACAUAAAUGUGGCCAAACAGGCGACAAACCGUACUGCUGCACUGUGUGUGGGAACAAGUUCAGCCGACUCUGGAAUCUGAAGCUGCACCGGAGAAUUCACACACAGGAAAAACCUCACCGGUGCACCAUGUGUGACAAGAGCUUCACAAGAGCGGAUAUAUUGAAGGUUCACCAUCGCACCCACACGGGGGAAAGACCAUACUGCUGCGCUGUGUGUGGGCUCAGCUUCAAACGCCUCGAUCAUCUGAAAUCACAUCAGCGCAAACACAUGUCAGACCUUUGAACCAAGGGCCUCCACGUAGGGCCACCGUACUGCGUCACGUACGACGUCACGUACGACAUCACGAGCACAAACAACGAGCACCAGCCAACUCAAGACACGUCGUGUAAUCGGGACCGGACACUGCCAGAGUCCGUCAUGUCGGACCUGGACUCUCUCAUAGUCACCUUUCAGACGCAGCUCUCGGAUGUGAUGGAGACUGUGGUGAAGACCGCCAUGUUCGAGGUGACCAGGCUGGUGGAGGACGGGUUUCUGAAGGAGGUGGAGGCUCUGAGGAUGCAGCUGCAGUGGACUGAGAAGAAGUUAAGCGACAGAGAGGGAGAGAAGACAGGGAGGUGUGCGGACUGCGCUAAGAGGGAUGUGGACCUGUCCACGGACACAGCAGGAGAAAGGUGCGACGACCGGCGUGACGAUGUGCUGAGGGGCUGUGGCGUGAAGAGAGAGGGGAGUCCCGUGGAGAGAUGGACGCAAGGCCACAGAGAAGUGGUAUCUGAGCCGCCACAGGAAGCAGACAACACUUCAGCUCCCCCCAGUCCAGAGAGGGAAUCACAGGCAGCAGAAGAAGAGGAAGUGGUGCCGGCUGUGGAUGUGAAGGAAGAAGAAGAAGGUACUAAGCCAUCUUGCUCAUCUGUGCAUAUGGGAGGGUGGAGCGAUACUCUUGAUGGCAAGGCAGAACUGGAAUCACAAAGCACAACCGAGAGGACUGAGACACAACCACAACAGACUCCAGAGAGCAGUGAGGAGCUGUUGAGGGAUAUCAUGAUGCAAGGCUCACAGAUAUCUUCAGCAUUUGGUUUCCCUGAAGAAGUAGAGGAAACGCACAUGGCUGCAGAUCCAUCACAUGUCUCAGCUUUGGAAAUGGACACUAGUUGGACUGGGCUGCUGCUGAAUCACAGACUUGGGACUGAAAAUGAUCACGAUUCAGCCAAAACUAGAGCUUCACUAAAGCGUACAGAAACUGAGCUGUCUGAAUCUGUACCAGCAGACCUUCAUGCUCAGGUUACCCAGAGUGCAACGUCAGGAUCCUCUGAAGCAAGACUGCAAAAUAGCAAAACAUUGGGUGUGAGAAUAAAGCAGGAAAUAACUAUUGAUUCUGACGGCUGUGAAGAAAGUGAGCAUCCGGAAACGAAAGAAAUUCCAAAGUCUGGAAUGAAGUCUUUCUCAUGCUCUUUAAAACAGCACAGACUGAGUUCCGAAGCACACAAACGGAACCACAUUUCCCAUAAAGCCACUCUGCAGGAGGUUAUGAAGCUGCAUUCCAAAGCUGGUACAGGUCUUAAAUUGCAAGCAGCUUUACAGCACCUCCACCGACCAUUGAAAAAAAACCCUCACACUCUCUCGAACAGCAGCACAUCAGCUUCGUCUAUAGCUCAUUCUCAGGUUGUGAACUUAAAUCCCCUCAACAGAAUUCCUUCCACAUCCAAAGCUGCCCCACCUCCUCUGCUCUCGGCCCAGCGGGUUCACCUGGUAGACAAACAGGCUGCGCCACUCAACCGAACCGGUGCUCCGUGGGUCAGCGUCAGAUCCCAGCAUCAGUCUGCCAUCUCACAUCACGCCAGCCCCGUACCCCACACAGACUCUCACACUGGCCCCAGGAACCUCCUGCGCUGCAGCCAGUGCGGAAAGUGCUUUCCACACCCCAGCAACCUAAAGGCUCAUCUGCAGACUCACACAGGUGAGCGACCUUUCUGCUGCUCGCUCUGCGGUCGCAGCUUCACCAAGCUGAGCAACCUCAAAGCCCACCGCCGGGUCCACACUGGGGAGAGGCCGUACUGCUGCUUGGCUUGUGGCAAACGCUUCACCCAGAAAUGCAAUCUGAAACGUCACCAGAGGAUCCACUUGGAUGUAUGAUGGUGGACAGAUAGUGACAGAAAUACACUAUUGUUGUGUUUUUUAAGAUGCUACAGUAUAACACAGAUGCUGUGAUGCAUUGCAAAAAUCCUUUAUGUGUUCUCGUCUCUUGAACUGAUCGUCCCAAGUUCUUCUGUGAAAUCCAGAUAGACUGAUGUAGUAACUUCUGGAGAUGUGUUAAUGUUAUUUAAAGGCCCUAAAGGCAGUGUGCUGUGAAAUGUAUUGUGCACAAAGAUAGGUCCAUUGUCACUUUUGGUCAAUAAAAUACUAUUUAUUCUGUGAACACUAAUAGUCUUUCA